UAACUUCUGACAUUCCUUAGCAUUCUGUUACAUUAUUCAAAAACAUUUUCUAUUUUUUUUUUAGUUUUGUUUGUUCUCUUCUACCAUAAAUACAGUUUAAAUAACACCUUCUUAAUAUGCAAAAACGUAUUGAAAUUUCAAGUUUCUAUUACUCGAACGAAAGACACUGUUUCCUGACCCAAGUCUUCACAACUGCUUUCAUCGCCGGUACAGGAAAGAAGACAUUCAUUCGCUGGUAUUAAAUCAGAUCGCAGGAGCGUUUACAACUCGUGAGCAUCUGUUUUACUGAAAUAAUAGCCUACUUCGUCUGGCAAACCGUACUAGACCGGUUUAUACAAAUCAUCUUGUAUCAGUUUACUUUGAAAUCUGCAGAUGUCUUACUUUUGGCACCACAGCUCUUGUUGCAAGAGUGUGUAAUCUCUAUUGACACUUGAAAAGUUCUGCGAACACUUUGAUUACAAGUCUCUGCAGUACAGUAAACAUUGUGACUCAGGAUCUCGGAGCCGCAACACCCUGAUUCACCGUGCCUAUCAGUGUAUGGGACGCUGUGUGCUCCGAUAAACAGCCUUCAAAACGCAAUGAACAAUCGGUGCACAAUGCAGCAAAGCCAGUGACUUUAAUAUAAUCUGUAGCCUGCAGGAGAGUGUUAAUACUUAGCUGGAGUGACUAAAGGAAAACUCUACAGGAUGACAACCGUCCCAACCAGAUGUCCUCGUCCAGCUCGCAGGAGCGAAUGGUUGCAUUGCGCUUUGGCUCACCACUUCAACCCGGACCUGAGUGCUGAAAAUGAAAUCGUAGUUUUAGCCAUGGGCAUCGACCAGUAUCUACAAGAGGUCUUCCAUCAUCUGGCAUAUUACAGCGGGGAUGAUCUAAUCUCGGAGCAGGACUUCAGACUGCUGUGUGCCGUUCUCGCUCUGCCCGAAGGCGAAGAGGAGACUAGCGGUGUGUGCGCUGCUCUGCCCCGCGAACUUGGCUUCAAGGAAUUCCACGCGCGACUCUGCGGCUAUUUCAGCCUGCGCUCGGGUCUUCGGCAGCCGCUAGCUGCUGAGACGGAGCACGUGGAGCGGCAGAUCAGACUCCGCUGUCCCCGAGUGAGGCGGCGAAAGUUUGUCAGCUUCGAUCUGUCCAAAGAUGACGGCCGAUUAAAGAAGACCUGUCAGAGAUCGGGGUCUAUUCUGAAGUUGGACAAGCAGCGCCACUACUCGGGAGAGACCCGGAUUGAAGCAGAGCCCAACCAACAGGACACAACCCUUGAGGUGGAGAAUGCUUGCCUUCGUGAAUUAGUUGAGGACUUAAGGGCAGCCUUGCAAGGAAGCGAUGCCCGUUGUUUGGCCUUAGAAGUGGCCAUCCAGAAAGAAAGGGAGUCGCAUUCUGUGAGCAUCGGGGCUGGCAGAAAAACUCACAUGGUAGAAAUUCCCCCAUACUGCCACAAGAGCAAAGGCAACAGAUGUAUGAAGGCAAUAAUGAAAGAACUAGAGCUCAUCAGAGCCUCCCGUGAUGGACAGCUAGAAGAGGCAAUGCGUUUUAGUCACAGAGUGGCGGAGGAACUGAGGGUAGCCACUCAAGAGGCCCACCGCCUGGAAGAGGUUAUAUCUCGUCUGCACCAGGAGAAUGCGGACAUCAAGAAAAAGGCGGAAGAUGCCAGGGCAGCUCUUGUUAAUGGCCUGGAGAAAGUCCGGGAGAUUCAAGACCAGGCCAAUACGGUCCCCAUCUUAAAGAAUCAGAUCCAGGAGCUAGAAUUAGAGUUGCAAGAAUUCAGAAGUCACUGCCACUGCCGAGAGGAGAAUCAUAUUACACAGCAGAGGCCUCAAGUCUCAUCUUUUGACCACUGGUAUCCACCAACUCCACAACGCAGGUCACCUGCUGGCCGAGAUGAAUCUUCUGGAAGAGGAGAAGAACGGCUGCAAAGAGCAGUAGAAGGACGAGCUGCCUCUGAUGAAGAAGAAGAGGAACAGCAAUGCAAUGCAGAGGAAGGCCAGUGCUGUCUCACUGAAGUGAAGAAACUCCUCAGCCAACUCAGCUGCUCAGGAAAAGGGUGUCAGAAUGGUGCAGUGCGUCACAUGUUCAUGGCUCAUACUGGUCUUCAAAAUGACAAGCCAGAGUGUGCAGCCACAUUGGCUGAAUCAAGGGCACAGAGCAGAAGAGAACGCAACUCUGUAGAGGGCCAGAAGAAGGCAGCCGAGAGCGAAUUGGAAAGACUGCUUUGCUCUGCUGGAAAGAACCUCCAACUGAAGGAGGAAGAGGCUGAGAUGCUGCGUAUGGAGCUGCAGAUGGUGGAGACGGAACGCGUGCGUCUCUCCCUACUUGAAGAGAAACUUGCUGACGCCUUGGCACUUCUUCUACAGCUUCGAGCUCAAAACAUUUCCAGAAGAGCUUUAGGGAAGAUUCUGAUGGACAUACUUGAUAUAUGUAGCCAGUGUGAAACUGGUUCUUCACACUUCCCAGGGCUUCUGGACACACUGUGCCAGCAGCUUAGGUGCUGUGAGCUGCUAGUAGAGUCAACAAAUGGACAAAACAGCAAAGGACAAGCACGCAGCACAGUCAACUCCCUGAUAAUCUCUUGCUGAAGGAAGGCCAUGUGCGUCAUCAGCAACCAGACAUCCCGUAUUCAUGGAGGUCCAGCAAAGUACACGUCCGCAUCUGAAGCGUAAAACAUUUUCAAUAUACUGUAACAAACCAGCAAAAGCCAUUACACACAGCAAUGUUUACUUGGACUGAGUAAAGUGUGAAAAGGUGCUGCAGAAAGUGGAGAAGAUAAUCACUUCAGGUUUUUUUAUUAAAAUUUGUUUGUUCUGAAUAUCCAUUUCAUGGUAUCUGUGUUAAUUUAGAUUGGGUAUUAAGAAAACUGUAACAAAUGACUGAAGGAAAACUCAUUUGUGUUUAUGAGCUUGCUUUUUAUGUAUGUCAGGAAUGACUUUAAUUGUGUUGCUUUUUACUUUGGGCCUUGCUGUAGAUGUCCUGGAAAAGCGAGUUCUGCACAAUUUAUUUCUGUACUAUGUAUGGGAAAUGCUGGCAAAGAUAUAAUAAUCUAAAGAGUUCUAUAUACAAGGUUUAUUUUUUAGAUGAUAAUUAUACUAUAUGUCCUUUAGCAGAUAUUUAAUGUUUGUAUUUUCUAAGUAUGUAUUGCCCUCUACUGUUCAGUUAAGGGGCCAUCAAGAGACUAUUUAUUUGCUUUCUAUUUUGCCAUUUUGGAGACUUUACAUGGAGGUCAAAAUAUACUUCAGUAAUAAACACUUUGGCUGAAUAAAA